AUUGUUUGUUUUCCGCCGGCUGUUCGCUUGUUUCCGCUUUGUUUGACCUGUGGUGUCCUCCAGCMGCCGUGAUUUCACUGAUAGUCGAUUAAAGACUUGAACAACCACAUUAUGGUUUUGGAGGAGAAGAUGAUCACGAACGGAGAGCCUGAUAAUGAGGAGGAGGAAGAGGAGGAGGAGAUGGUGGAUCCUCUUGAAACUGUGCGAGAGAAGUGUGAAGCGGCAGAGCACUGCAUUCACACUCGGGAGCGUUUAGAGCAGUGUAACACUAGAGUCAACUCUCGGUCUUCGACAGAGGAGGAUUGUACUGAGGAGUUGCUUGACUUCUUGCACGCUCGGGACCACUGUGUUGCUCACAAACUGUUUGAUUCUGUCAAAUAAAGUUGCUCCUGAUUGUUGGACCAUGCUGACAGCAUUCUUCAGAUAUUGCAUUAUUAGGUGAAUAUGGUUUGAAAUGCACCCUUAUGUGGAUCUACUGUGUGUUGUAACUUUAAAUUGUAAGCUUUUAUCUGCUCAUGUGAAAAAGUAUUUCCGAUUUGCAGUAAGUCUUAAGUCAACAUUUCAUUAAAACGACUUGGAAAAUGUU